CCUGCCGCGAGGCAAACGCAGGUAUCCAGUCAACCGGAAGCCGGUUGCCCGCCCGAUUUCAUUGUGUCUAGCGCGAUUUCUGGGCACGUUUCAGCGUAAACUCUGAAAGGGCUCCACGCCCUCCGCGUCGGCAGUCGGAGGCUCUCUGUCGAGAAUGCAAGCGCAAGUGCUCUCCGUAAGAGCUUUCGCAGCCGCGAACACCCGGCGAGCCUCCAGUAGCGCCGUCGCCGGCGUUAAGAAGGGAAACCAUGCUUUUGGAGCGAAGCCCUUCGAAGCGAUACCGAGGGUACCAUCUCUGCCACUGAUAGGCAGUUCGUGGAUCUACUCUCGCCUACUCGGUAAGCACCAUCCAGACCAGAGGCACAAGGCAUCCAUGGAAAUGUACAAGAAGUAUGGGCCUAUCGUUGUUGAGAAGCUGCCCGGCCGUUACUCCUUAGUGCACCUAUUCGAAGGCGUCGACAUUCGUAACCUAUACCAGGAGGAAGGCAAGGAGCCGUUCAGGAUGGGUGCAACGGCCUUCAAAGAUUACCGAGCGAGCAGACCAGAAUACUACGCUGACGUGGGCAUAUUAAACCUUCAGGGAAAAGACUGGCUUAAAGUUCGGAUGAGCACGCAACAGCACACACUGCGUGUACGAACAACAAUGGCCUACUUGCCUAGCAUGAACAAAAUCGCGGAAGAGGCUUUGGACCUGCUCGAUCAACUCAUGGAUGAGAACGGCACAGUGGAAGACUGCUUCUCAUUCCUGCAGCGAUGGGCUCUGGAAAGCGUCGCGUUGGCCUCCGUUGACGCCCGGCUUGGCUCUCUGCGGCAUCCGCUUGACCCGACUCUUGACGGCCCCGCCAUAUUGGACGACAUGAGGACAACGUUUGCCUGCAUGCAAAAGUUCGGAUACCGGUUUCCAUACUUUCGUUAUAUACGCACGCCGACCUGGCGACGUUUUGAGAAAGCCAUGGAUGACUUCACUGUGCGAAUAUUCCGACACAUUGAAGCCGCAGCUCAGCGGAUGACUGCUGGAGAGUCCGAGCAUGAACCAACUAUUCUGGAACACAUGCUUAGAGAAAAAAAGCUAACAUUUGGAGAAAUCUUAACGUUUACCAGUGACUUCAACCUCGCAGGAGUGGACACGACAUCAGCGGCAGCGACGUUCCUUCUGUUUCAACUCGCGAAGAAUCCACGGGCUCAAUCGAAUGCACGUGAAGAAGCGCUAGCCGUGCUCGGUGACAAGUCGAAUUCUGUUGAACCACGUCAGCUGGAGAAGAUGUCGUUUAUAAAGGCCUGCCUGAAAGAAAGCAUGCGGUUGAUCCCAAGCCUGCCGGGAAUCUACAGGAAACUGGACCACGACGUCGUCAUGUCAGGCUACGUUGUUCCCGCCGGGGUGCCUAUAUUCGUGGACGCAUUUGUGGCUGGCCGUGCUGAAGAGAACUUCUCAUGUCCGGAGCUGUACCUCCCAGAGCGUUGGCUGAAAACAGACCAAGAAAUUUUGCCCCACGACGGAUACGCUUCUCUGCCCUUCAGCUUUGGUCCCCGCAUGUGCCUCGGCAGGAGGAUAGCGGAACUGCAAAUCUGCACGCUCAUCGCUAAGAUUUUGCUCAAGUACAGCAUUGAAUACCCGAGAGAGAACCUCGAGUAUCAUGGCCAACUCAUCAACAUCCCGAAGGACCCUACGGACUUCCGCUUCAAGAAGCUCUGACCGCCGGCUCUCCGAGACUCGAACUAGUUGUCUGAAAGGGAUAGCCGUUACCUUGUGAAUUACGGCAGCACACGGUGCCAUCACGUUGGCGCAUGUUCGGUCUGUGGCAGACGCUGAAAACUUGAGCUGUCUGUCGUGCACAAAUCAACAGCACCGAGAAAAUUAACGUGACAUCCGUAGCUGCGCAGCGAAAAUAACCGCUGGUUAUCCCUGUAUUGCAAAUAGGUUCGGAGCUGGCCCCCGUACCAGUAUUGCACCAACUGUCGUAUUGGCCUAUGCGCCUUAAUUUCCGUGCUGCGUCUGCUAGCUGCAACUCCGCAGGGUGGAUGGGCGAAGUUGCGUUCAGGGGGUGCGUUAGUUGCCCGCCCCACGUUAAGCUUUCGAGCCCUUAAAGAGCGUUGGAGAGGCAGUGGAAGCGCGGAAAGACUCGCUCCCCCAAUUCGACACUUCGAAUCAUGAACUACGUCAUUAUGUGGCAUUGUCUGCAUAGCGGUUACGGAAUUCAGAGGCAUAAAGUUGAAAGCGUCACCAUACACUUUUCAGGCGCGUAGCCAGAAUUUUUUCCUGGGGGAGGAGAAGGCAGAGGCUGAGGUUCUAUUAUUCCCUGUUAAGUUUCCCAUGCUUGGUGCAUAAUAAUACAGCUAUUACGUUGAGAACGCCCUUGAUCUGCCUGAAGAUGUGUACCAUCCUAUACAUGUUUAGGGGGGGGGGGGGGGGGGCGUUCAAUGGAUAUGUGCCCUUGUUCAUAGGCGACAUGCCAGGAAUAAACGAAAACAGAGCUCCGGUCGAAAAAAUUUCUGGGGGAGAAGCUGAAGCCCGGCCAGCUCCCCCUCCCCCCCUCUAUCUCCGGCUACGCCCCUACCACUUUUAUGCUUCUCAGACGGAAAGACAGCUCAGGCCAAUAAACGCGUUUUCAAGA